AUGGCGUCCAACACAGAAGCGGCCAAGCCGAUCAUCAUGAAUGAAGAGGAGCUGAAGAGGAAGCAGAGGGAGAAGCUUAAGAAACUACAGGCCACUGGAGGCAACCCUCGACCCGCUCGAUCCCUCUUCCUAUUCAACCUCAAAAAUCCCUUCCGCAAGGCCUGCAUCAACAUUGUGGAGUGGAAAACCUUUGAGGUCAUCAUCUUACUGACCAUUUUUGCAAACUGUAUUGCUUUGGCUGUGUUUUUGCCCAUGCCUGAAGAGGACACCAACAACACCAACUUAAAUUUGGAAAGUCUGGAGUAUAUCUUCCUGAUCAUCUUCACGUUAGAGUGCUUCUUGAAGAUCAUAGCGUACGGCUUUGUGUUUCAUGAAGGGGCCUAUUUACGCAACUGUUGGAAUAUACUGGACUUUGUCAUCGUCUUCAUGGGCCUCUUCACCUUAUUUAUGGAUACCGUAAACAUGGUAUCAGGUGUGCCAAAGGAGAAGGGUGGGGGGUUUGAUAUGAAGGCACUGAGAGCUUUCAGAGUACUGCGGCCUCUACGCCUCGUUUCUGGAGUCCCCAGCCUCCAGGUGGUAAUGAACUCCAUCCUUAAAGCAAUGCUGCCCCUUCUACACAUUGCCCUGCUGGUCUUCUUACUGGUCACUAUCUAUGCUAUCAUGGGCCUGGAGCUCUUUAAGUGCAAAAUGCAUAAGACCUGUUAUUACACAGACACAAAUAUCUAUGCCAUGGCAGAGGGUGAACUGCCUGCCCCCUGUGCUCAGGCUGGUAAUGGACGUCGGUGCAAGAAUGGCUCGGAGUGUCGACCUGGCUGGGAAGGUCCCAACAAUGGGAUCACCCACUUUGACAACAUUGGGUUUGCCAUGCUUACUGUAUACCAGUGUAUCACCAUGGAAGGAUGGACCAAAGUGCUCUACUGGGUUAAUGAUGCCAUAGGGAAUGAAUGGCCGUGGCUCUAUUUUGUUACCCUAAUUUUGCUGGGCUCAUUCUUCGUGCUCAAUCUGGUUCUGGGCGUGCUCAGUGGAGAGUUUACCAAAGAGCGAGAAAAAGCCAGGUCACGUGGAGAGUUCCAGAAGUUACGAGAGCGUCAGCAGCUGGAUGAGGACCUCCACGGCUACAUGGAGUGGAUCACUCACGCUGAAGUCCUGGAUGCUGAUAGAGAAGGAAAAGGACUCCUGCCUUUGACCAGUGGAGAUUCAGACACAGACAGUCUGUAUGACCUGGAAGGCAAGAGUCAAAUAAUCUACUACUACCGUCUGGCUCGUCGCUGGAACCGUUUCCUCAGGAUGAAGUGCCUGGUGUACGUGAAAACCAAGGCGUUUUAUUGGGUGGUGAUGUUCCUGGUCUUCCUCAACACUCUGACCAUAGCCACAGAGUACCACCACCAGCCUGACAGCCUGACUUCCUUUCAAGAUGUGGCUAGUCGGGUGCUGCUGGUGCUGUUUGUCAUUGAGAUGUUUGUGAAGAUGUACGCUCUGGGACCCAGGGCGUAUUUCAUGUCUCUGUUUAAUCGUUUCGACUUCUUUGUGGUGCUAUGUGGCAUCCUGGAGAUGAUCAUGUUGUCUGCAGGAGCUGUGGCUCCCCUGGGUUUCUCUGUACUCAGGUGUAUCCGCCUGCUGAGGAUCCUCAAAGUCACAAAGUACUGGAAGUCGCUCAGUAAUCUUGUGGCCUCUCUCCUCAACUCUGUUCGCUCCAUCGCCUCCCUGCUUCUUCUUCUUUUCCUCUUCAUUGUCAUUUUCUCACUCCUGGGCAUGCAGGUUUUUGGAGGGAAAUUCAAUUUCUCUGACCACAGGCCCAGGCGCAGUAACUUUGACAACUUCCCUCAGGCCCUGAUCAGUGUGUUUCAGAUCCUCACAGGAGAGGACUGGACAUCCAUCAUGUACAAUGGAAUUAUGGCCUAUGGAGGGCCUGUCAUACCCGGCAUUCUGGUCUCCAUCUACUUUAUUAUUCUCUUUGUCUGUGGAAACUAUAUCCUCCUCAAUGUCUUCCUCGCUAUCGCCGUCGACAACCUCGCAGAGGCUGAGAGUUUGACUUCAGCUCAGAAAGAAAAGGCGGAGGAGAAGUUGAGGAAGAAGCUGCUAAGGACAAAAAUGCCAGAGAAGACUGAUGAGGAGAGAGAGAGGAUCGCUAAGAAACUGGCAGAGCAGAGGGCCAAGAUGGAGGGCAUGCCUACUACAGCCAAGCUCAAAAUCGAUGAAUUUGAGUCUAAUGUCAAUGAAGUAAAAGAUCCGUUUCCACCAGCUGACUUCCCAGGUGAUGAUGAGGAGGAAGAGCCUGAAAUCCCUAUCAGCCCUCGGCCCCGACCAAUGGCUGAUCUCCAACUGAAGGAAGAAGCAGUUCCUUUACCUGAAGCUAGCUCCUUUUUCAUUUUUGGCCCUCAGAACAAGUUCCGUAAACUUUGCUACAAGAUCAUCAAUGCUUCAUCCUUCACCAAUUUAAUCCUCCUGUUCAUCCUGCUCUCCUCCAUCUCAUUGGCAGCUGAGGACCCUAUUGAUCCCAAGUCCUACAGGAACCAGAUCCUGGCCUAUGCUGACAUUGUCUUCACAUCGGUAUUCACCAUCGAGAUUGUACUGAAGAUGACGGUGUACGGAGCAUUCAUGCACAAAGGCUCUUUCUGUCGUAACUCUUUCAACAUCCUGGAUCUGAUUGUGGUCGGAGUGUCUCUUCUGUCUAUGGGAAUGGAAUCCAGUGCCAUCUCCGUGGUGAAGAUUCUCAGGGUGCUGAGGGUGCUGAGGCCUCUCAGAGCCAUCAACAGAGCCAAAGGAUUAAAGCAUGUGGUCCAGUGCGUAUUUGUGGCCAUCAAAACAAUUGGUAACAUCGUACUGGUCACCCUGCUGCUGAAUUUCAUGUUUGCCUGCAUUGGAGUCCAACUCUUUAAGGGUAAAUUCUACAGCUGCACGGACGUGUCCAAAAUGACUAAGGAGGAAUGCCAGGGAUUCUUCUUGAAGCACAUGGAGAAUUCCCUGCAAGACACAGUAGUAGCAAAAAGAGAAUGGCUCAACAGUGACUUCAACUUUGACAACGUGCUCAAUGGAAUACUGGCUCUAUUCACCGUUUCCACAUUUGAGGGCUGGCCAAAACUCUUAUACAGAGCUAUAGAUUCAGCUCAGGAAGAUAUGGGCCCUGUCUUCAACAACCGUGUCGACGUGUCCAUCUUCUUCAUUAUCUACAUCAUCCUCAUAGCCUUCUUCAUGAUGAACAUCUUUGUGGGCUUUGUCAUAGUCACCUUCCAGGAGCAGGGUGAGCAGGAGUACAAGAACUGUGAGCUAGACAAGAACCAGCGUCAGUGUGUGCAGUAUGCUCUGAAGGCUCGUCCUUUGAGGUGCUACAUACCCAAAAACCCGAACCAGUACAGGGUCUGGUACAUUGUCACCUCCUGCUACUUUGAGUACCUCAUGUUCUUUCUGAUUAUGCUGAACACUUUGUGUCUGGGGAUGCAGCACUGUAACCAGUCGGACCAUGUCACAAAGCUGUCAGACACACUCAACUUGAUCUUCACGGUACUUUUCACUGUGGAGAUGAUUCUCAAGCUGAUGGCCUUCAAAGCAAGGGGUUACUUUGGAGACCCCUGGAACGUUUUUGACUUCAUUAUUGUUGUUGGUAGCGUUGUUGAUGUCAUCCUGAGUGAAGUCGAUAGUGCCCUGACUGAAAGUGGAGGGCUGUACUGUCUCCAUGGCUGUGAGACGAAUCCGAUGCAAGUCAUUGCGGACUCUGAAAAUGCAUCUGUUUCUAUCACCUUCUUCCGACUCUUCCGUGUUAUGCGUCUGGUCAAACUGCUGAACCGUUCAGAGGGCAUCCGUAACCUGCUGUGGACCUUCAUCAAAUCUUUCCAGGCGCUGCCUCAUGUAGCUCUGCUCAUCGUGAUGCUCUUCUUUAUCUAUGCUGUCAUUGGGAUGCAGAUCUUUGGGAAGAUUGCAUUAAUGGAUGGUACCCAAAUCAACCGCAACAACAACUUCCAGACAUUCCCUCAGGCUGUUCUGAUGUUAUUCCGAUGUGCCACUGGAGAGGCUUGGCAAGAGGUCAUGAUGGCUUCAAUGUAUGGAAAAAAGUGUGACCCCAUGUCUGACAUCCUACCAGGAGAAGAGUACACCUGUGGGUCCAAUUUUGCUGUCUUUUACUUCCUCAGCUUCUACUGUCUCUGUGCCUUCUUGAUCCUCAACUUGUUCGUAGCUGUCAUUAUGGACAACUUUGACUACCUGACCCGUGAUUGGUCUCUGCUUGGUCCACACCAUCUGGAUGAGUUUAAAAAGAUCUGGGCUGAAUAUGAUCCCGAAGCCACGGGAAGAAUCAAACAUCUGGAUGUGGUGACGUUGCUGCGAAGCAUUCAACCUCCUCUUGGCUUUGGCAAAUUCUGUCCUCAUCGGGCUGCAUGCAAGCGCUUGGUCGGUAUGAACAUGCCUCUCAACAGUGAUGGCACCGUCACCUUUAAUGCCACCCUUUUCGCUCUGGUCAGGACUGCACUAAAAAUUAAAACAGAAGGUAACUUUGAGCAGGCCAAUGAGGAGCUGAGAGCCAUUAUAAAGCAGAUCUGGAAACGCACCAGCAUGAAACUCUUAGAUCAGGUCAUUCCUCCUAUAGGAGAUGAUGAGGUGACUGUGGGGAAAUUCUACGCCACCUUCCUGCUGCAAGACCAUCUCCGCAAGUUCAUCAAGCAUCAGGAGGAGUACUACGGCUACCGGCCAACUAAGAAGAGUGCCUCAGGUCCGGAGAUCCAGGCGGGUCUGAGGAGUAUAGAGGAAGAAGCAGCUCCAGAGAUGCACAGGGCCAUUUCAGGAGACCUGCAGAAUGAAGAAGAAAUGGAAAGAGCCAUGGAGGAGGCAGGAGAAGAGGCCAUUUAUCAGCGUUCACACCAUCUGUUUGGUAACCGGGUAGAGUCGUUCUCCGCUGAGCCUGCUAACACUCAGUCCCAACAGAUGACCAACCAGCGACCCCUCAGUUUCACAGAGAGUCAGCCUGAGUCUCCACCAAGCUCGGCCUCAGCCUUGGUGCCUGGUACAGAAUUUUUCCCCACAACUCCACCAAAGAGCAAUACUAACAACAAUGCCUUUGCAGAAUUUUCAUUUGAAAGAGAAGGGACUCCAGAUGAGUUUUACAAUCCGUGUGAGGAUGAGGAGCCAGCCAGCAGACAUGCCUGGAACUUCACAGUGAGAACAGACAGAACACAGUUCCCUUAUGACCCUAACUAUGGUGACAGUCAGAGUCAGAGUUCACAUACUGCAGCCGACCAGUUGGUCCAAGAGGCUCUAGAGAACGGUGGACUGGUGUCCCUGGCCAGGGACCCAAGCUUUGUCUCGCUAACUAAGAAGGAGAUGGCUGAAGCCAUGCACAUCCCCAUAGCUGAAAUGGAGGGUGUGGCUCAGGGCAUCCUCAACGAACGCUCCAGCAGCAUGACCUCAGUCAAAAAGAGACGUCCCAUCCCUGUUCCUCCUUCAGCCCCAGCUGUGCCAAAAGUGGAAAAAGGCCAUGCUGAUCCAGCUGUGAGGAGAAAGAGACGUCCAAUUCCCACAGUUCCCUCCACAAAGGGACCGUCUGAGGCUGACUCCGGAGUGUAGGGAUUGUCACUCGAGUUUACAUGGUUAUCAUGACUUUUUGUCUUUUUCAACACUAGUGUGUGAUUCCACCUCACAUCACUUUACCAAGCUUGUUGCGUCUUUGAGAAUCUGUAUCUGUCAGGUUGGCCCAAGACCUACAGACAGUUUGGAUCAGGUUUCAUGUUUCGGUUGAAACAUUAACCGAGAAGUAACAAUAUAUCUGAUAAUGAAGCAUCUAAUACUUCAGAUUUAUUGAAUUAAUAAAAACACUGAACUUAUCACAGAGUAAACGGAUUGAUGCACUUCUUUCUUUGUAGUGUUUGUUGAGGUUAUCCAUUCCAUAGCCUUUGGGACAGCCACGUCAGUGAGCCGAGCGUCUUACUAAAGCCUCACCGAGGAAGGUCAGAAAGCCACCUGUGGCUAAAAUGUCACUUAGUGAAUACAUUAAGAAGGCAACUUUAUUGUGUCUUUACUGCACUGCAGUUAACAGAGGACAAUGGGACAGGAUUCCACUAGGGGGAACCAGUGACUGAGUUUCUUUGCACUCAGGCCCCAAAACGUUUACAUAUCUUAAAAGGGGUUCCGGUGCUAAUGAUGCAAGAUGAAGACUUACUGAUUAGAACUCACUGUGUUUUAGUCCUGAAAAAGAUUUCUCUUGCUCACAACUGCUGUUGUAUGCAGCAUGAGGGGAAACUGCAGUAAAUCUAAUGCAAUAAUUCUCCAAUGAUCUAGCUGUAAUAAACAUUUUAUUCACUUCAAACACAUGCACAAGAAGUGUCUACAUUUUUAAGUCACUCUACUGCUACAAGUUUUGCUUUUCACAUAUAUUUGUAAUGAAUAAGCAUUGGUGGCAGUUUAGUAGAUGACUCUUCAGCAUACCUGGGGUAUGGUUGAUUUAACUUGAUACAUCACUGAGCCUUAUUUUACUCAUAAUUGUGUGGACAUAAUUUUUGCACUUGUUUCAUGUUUGUGCUUAACAUCAGAUAUUGACAGCACUGUUUUUAUUUUUUGUUUUUUUACAUUAU